CUGUCGCAGUGCUUGCGUCAACGUUGCUGGUGCUGACGGUUGGGUUGAUGCGCUUCAGAUUCUAAGAUUGCACAGAACAUCAGCCAGAGACGAUGCAAGCACCAGCGCAUGAGACGCCAGAACAAGAACAACAUCCUCCACUGAACCCACCACCGACCAUGCCAUCCAAGCUCGGGACCGAGAGUCCGAGCGCCGAAGCCACGACGACGCUCACGAACCUCAUCGUCGCCUUUCUCGAGAUCUCGUCGUCCUUUCUGCGCUUCAAGCACACGGGGCCCGUGGCGUCGCAGUCGCUUCAAGCUGUCGCUGCGGCGCUCGAAAAGCCCAUGGUCAUCAAGGCGCUUUGUCGCAUCAUGCAGGUAUGGGCCACGACGAUCGCGAUGGCCCUCGAGAAGGAAAUCGUGCUAGAGUCCGUCGCGCAGUCGCUCGACAUGACCGCCAACAAGCUCAAGAAGGAGAGCGUGACGACCGAAGCGAUCAUGCAGCUCAUUCUGAACCUGAGUGCCCAAGGCAUCUCGGGCGUCAACACGCUUCUGGACCAAGACGUUGUUCUCAAGGGGUACUUGGAUGCGCUCGAGACGUUCAAGCCCGUCCUGCACACGGCCAAGGAUCUGUAUGACUACAGCAUGACGUACCCGGCCGUGAGCUACAUGGUCUCGCAGCUGCAGCACCAAGCGACGGCGCGUGGGCACCACAUUACGUCGCUCUUGACCAACCCGCGCGUGCACACGGCCAUCUCCACCGCGACGUCGCUCACGACGAAUGCGUGGAACCAAGCGUGGGAGUACUCGCCGUUCGCCUCCAAGGCCAGCAACGCCGAGCGCGAGAAGCUGCGCUCUGAAGUCAUGCUCCACGCCCAAGUGCCCUUCGCCGGCAUGUCCCUCGAAGACAUGCUCUCGACGAACGAGCAGGUGCGCGACGCGAUGGUGCGGCUCGCCGUGGCCAAGGACGCCAAGAUCGCGCAGCUGGAAAAGUCACUUGCCGACACCAAUCAGUAUGCGACCGAGCUCGCCGAGGCCAUCGCCAAGGGCCCGUACCACAAGCGCCCGCCCAUGUCCUACUAGAGGAUCGCAAAAUCCUUCUAAUUUAUGUGUCACUGGACGGCGGGCAAGUCACGCGGAACGCGCGUGUUUCGUGCGCUUUGAAAGCGCGUGUGACGUUAAUGGCCCCUAAUUUUAUUCUUUUUGGUGCGUUUC